GAAUGUGGGAAAUGUUUCUCCCGGAAGGGUAAUCUCAAGACACACAUUCUUGGACACAGUGGUGUUAAGGAGUUCAAAUGUGAGGAAUGUGGGAAAUGUUUCUUCCGGAAGGGUGUUCUCAAGACACACAUUCUUGGACACAGUGGUAUUAAACAGUUUGAAUGUGAGGAAUGUGGGAAAUGCUUCACCACCAAGGGUCAUCUCCAGUACCACAUUCUUGCACACAGUGGCAAAAGAGAGUUCAAAUGUGAGGAAUGUGGGAAAUGUUUUGCUGUAAAAAGUGCUCUCAAGUCACACAUUCGUGGACACAGUGGUAUUAAGGAGUUCAAAUGUGAGGAAUGUGGGAAAUGUUUUGCGGUAAAAAGUGCUCUCAAGUCACACAUUUGUGGACACAGUGGUAUUAAACAGUUUGAAUGUGAGGAAUGUGGGAAAUGUUUUGCGGUAAAAAGUGCUCUCAAGUCACACAUUCGUGGACACAGUGGUAUUACGCAGUUUGAAUGUGAGGAAUGUGGGAAAUGCUUCAACACCAAGGGUCAUCUCCAGUACCACAUUCUUGCACACAGUGGCAAAAGAGAGUUCAAAUGUGAGGAAUGUGGGAAAUGUUUUGCGGUAAAAAGUGUUCUCAAGACACACAUUCUUGGACACAGUGGUAUUAAGGAGUUCAAA